ACAGGAAACAAAAACUGAUGAUACGGAUGAAAUAGUAAUUACUGGGUUCACAGUUCAUAUGUUUAAUAGAAAGAAACUGUCUAAUCAUAGAUCGGGUGGUAUUGCAAUUUUGAUUAAGCAAAAUAUAGAUAAAUAUGUAAAAGUUGAAGAAAAUAGUGACUGUAAUUUAGUCCGCUUUUUCACAAUUUCUAAAGAGUUAUACGGUGUAAAUACCAGUACAUGCACAGAAGACUUGAAAUGUGGCAUUGUAUAUAUACCUCCAGCAGGUUCUAAAUAUUCCCAUAAUGAUCCUUUUUUUUGAAAUUCAAAAUGAAAUUUUUCGAUAUUUCGAAAAUAGUAAACAUUACCUGUUGUUUGGCGACAUGAACGCCAGAUGUGGAAGUUUAAUAGAUUAUGUAGAAGUAGACCAAUUUAUUUCUGACAUGUAUGAUUUACAAUACUUAGAAAAUAUGGAAAGUGAAAGUAUGACAAAUUUCAACACAUGUAAUGUACCGUUAAACAGAAAUUGUGUAGAUACUGUUGUUAACCACUAUGGUAAUCAAUUAAUUGACAUGUGUAAAAAUAAUGACUUAUUCAUAUGGAAUGGCAGAAUGGGGACCGAUUGUCUAAAACCUGUUUUGACAUGUAAAAAUGCCAGUACUGUAGAUUAUUUUAUAUCGUCUUCUUUUGUUUUUGAAAAUAUUGUUGAUUUUAAUGUACAUGAAUUUUGUAACUUGUAUUCUGAUGUGCAUUGCCCAUUGGAGGCUACACUUAGAACUAAAUUUUAUAAUACAAAGAAUAUAGCACCACAGCAGACACAAAAUAUACAAAUUGCACGAUUAUGGGAUAGUAAAAAAUCUGAGCAGUUUGCUGAAAACUUAGAUAUUUUUAAAAUCUCUGAAAUUGAGAUGAAACUCGAUGAAAUAGUAGAUUGUAACAACAUGACACAAAACAAUAUAGACGAAAUAGUAUCAGAUAUUGGAAAACUUUUUAAUGACUGCUCAAAACAAUCUUUUGGAGUAAUUCAAAAUAGAGCAAAUACAUACAGAAAUAAUAACAGAAUUGAAAAUAAUUUCCCAUGGUUUGACAGAUCAUGCCAUAAUGCAAGAAACAUAUAUCACAAAACAAGGAAAACUUAUAACAAGUAUAAAACACAAUAUUUCAAAGAUAUGUUGAAAUCAGUCAGCAAACAAUAUAAAUGUGCGUUAAGAAAAGCAAAAAAUGACUAUAAUGCAAAUAGAAUACAUAAAUUGCGAAAUCUAAAGUACGCUGACCCUAAGCAAUACUGGAAUAUUAUAAAUGGAAAAUCUACUCAAAAUGAAAAAACAGCAAAAUUGAACGACUUCUAUGAAUAUUUUAAAGACUUAAAUGAAAACUUAAUCGACACUGAAAACAGUAGCGACGAAAAUAUGUCAGAAACCGCUAACGUUAACAACAAUGAGGAAAUAAAUGUCCCGAUAACAGAAAAAGAAAUACUAGAUGCUGUUAAAACAUUAAAAAAUAACAAGUCACCAGGUUGCGAUGAAAUUAUUAAUGAACAUAUAAAAUAUACAGUUCAUUCUAUGAUACAUGUAUAUAAAAAGUUAUUCAACCUAGUUUUUGAUCACGGUAUUAUUCCAGAAAGUUGGACCAUUGGACAUAUUAAACCUAUCUAUAAAAACAAAGGUAGCCCAGAAUCGCCUGAAAAUUAUCGCCCGAUAUCUUUGUUAAGUUGUUUUGGUAAACUCUUCACAUGUAUCUUGAAUAACAGACUUACAAAAUAUGCUGACAAAAAUAACCUGAUACAUGAAACUCAAGCAGGAUUUCGAAAAAGUUAUUCAACAGUUGACAAUAUUUUUAUCCUUAAAAGUCUCAUUGACAUAGUUCAGGCGAACAAGAAAAAACUUUUUUGUUGCUUUGUGGAUUUCAAACAAGCUUUUGACUCAGUUUGGAGAGUAGGCCUAUGGCAAAAACUUAUUAAGAAAAUAUAA